UGCAUGCCCCGGUUAAAGACUAUUGGUUUGAUAUAGACCAAUCUAUUCUGCACGAUUCCUCGAUUAAAAAGUCUGCUCCAAACAAACAAACAAACAAACAAAAACACACCCCCUUGAGUGACAGUUCAUUUCCUGACAAAAUGCACCACAAUAAACCCGAAAAGCGGCACUUUUAAAUAAAAAGCCGGAAAUCCGAGUUUACGGGAGGCCCAUGAAGGCACCUGCGAGGCCCUGUGACGUCAGCCGCUCCCCUGCGCUCUCUCCAGCAGCCAGUCAGAGAAGGGAUGCUCUGAACGCAAGACUGCAGCAUCUUCACCGAGAGAACGAGCAGGAAAAAACGUCUCUUUCUCUGUGUGUUCCUCCAGCUCCGCGUCUCCGGACCCUCCUCGCCCACCCCGUCACCCCUGGGUGUCUUCAUGAUCGGACCCAGGACAGGAUAAGAAGAAAGAAAUUCUAGCCCUGCCAAUAACGCAUCGGAUUUUUUUUCUAUUAUUAUUGCUUCACCGACCUUUCCUUUCUUUCUUUCUUUCCUCGGUUGAUUUCGCCUCUUUGUCUUUCGGGUGUGAUUUUGUUUUGUUUUAUUUAUUGUUCCGUUUCGCUGCUGUUGCAGAGGAGCGCCACCAUCCUUCACUGCCUGACAUGAGUACGCUCUUUUAUCCGGUUGCAGCGGAAUGACACACAUAUCCUAGCCCGCAUAUCUGAAGGUUGAUGGAAGAUUGACGCUCCAGUUGCACGUUUUUUUGUAGCCUAGAAGAUACUCCAUCUGCAGAGGUUCCGGAUCCCCCCCACACACACUUUGAGCCGAUCAUCCGCCGCUUUCUCUCCCUGCGCAGCAUCUCUCUGUACGCACGGCGCACCACGGAGAAACGCGCAGCUAACCUCUCCCGUCCGUAAGAAACAGGCGUAUUUUCCAAUUCCUAAAUCGCUCUCGCCUUCUCCAAGGACUCAUCUGCACGGCUACGCUGCGUAAAAAAAACGGAAAAAAAGGGGGGAUAUAAACGCAAACGCAGCCCAAACAUCCAAGAGCAAGCUCGAAAAUGAUGGCCGGCGGAGCAGUACAGCAAAACGGGAUUUUUUCAAAUCCUCACCAUCACAAUCAACAACCACACAUGGAGUCCGAUCCCCCGGACUCGCGUAAAAGACCCCUGGAGACUCCCACGGAGGCCAGCAGCACCAAACGCACAAACACGGGAGUGGCCUUCCUGCAGCCCCUAUUUGAAACUGAAGGCAUUGUAUUCCCUCACCAAGAAACUGAGACUCAUGAGGAAGGGGAGUACUUCCUGAAGGUUUUGAUUCCCAGCUAUGCGGCGGGUUCGAUCAUCGGGAAGGGAGGCCAGACCAUCGUCCAGCUGCAGAAAGAGACUGGAGCCACCAUCAAACUGUCCAAAUCCAAAGACUUCUACCCCGGAACGACAGAGCGGGUGUGCCUGAUCCAGGGGACGGUGGAGGCUUUGAACGGCGUUCAUGAUUUCAUCGCUGAGAAGGUGAGGGAGAUGCCUCAGAGCACCCAGAAGACAGAGCCGGUCAGCAUCCUGCAGCCACAGACCACCGUCAACCCAGACCGUGUCAAACAGGCCAAGCUAAUCGUCCCCAACAGCACAGCAGGGUUGAUCAUUGGUAAAGGUGGAGCUACAGUCAAGGCCGUGAUGGAGCAGUCCGGGGCGUGGGUCCAGCUGUCCCAAAAGCCAGAGGGCAUCAACCUGCAGGAGCGUGUGGUCACCAUCAGCGGGGAGCCUGAGCAGAAUCGCAAAGCUGUGGAGAUCAUCGUCCAGAAGAUCCAGGAGGACCCACAGAGUUCCUCCUGCCUCAACAUUUCCUACUCCAACAUCACAGGGCCAGUCGCCAACUCCAACCCCACUGGCUCCCCAUACGCUAACUCGACCGAGGUCAUGCCAGCUGCGGCAGCCGCUGCAGCAGCCACAGCCUCCUCUCUGCUCGGCCAGGCGGGCCUGGCAGGAGUUGGGGCCUUCCCAACCACCAUGUCCAGCCUCUCAGGCAACGAUUUGUUGGCCAUCACCUCAGCCCUCAACACUCUGGCCAGCUACGGUUACAACACCAAUUCCUUGGGCCUGGGGCUGAACCCGGCUGCAGCCUCAGGAGUGUUAGCCGCUGUAGCAGCUAAUGCUAACCCAGCUGCCGCCGCCGCAGCUAAUUUGCUAGCAUCCUACGCCAGCGAUGCAUCCACCAGCGCCGCUCACCCUGCAGCCGGUCUCGGAGGCUUCUCACUGGGAUCCCUGGCCGCCGCUACAGGUGCCACCAAUGGCUACUUAAGCGCUGCAUCACCACUAGUGGCGUCAUCUCUACUGGCCACGGAGAAGCUAGCAGAGGGAGCAAAGGAAGUGGUCGAGAUCGCCGUGCCAGAAAACUUGGUGGGAGCCAUCCUGGGGAAAGGAGGGAAGACGCUAGUGGAGUACCAGGAGCUGACCGGUGCCAGGAUCCAGAUCUCCAAGAAAGGCGAGUUCAUCCCUGGAACUCGGAACAGGAAGGUGACCAUCACAGGUUCCCAGGCUGCCACACAGGCUGCACAGUACCUGAUCAGCCAGCGAAUCACCUACGAGCAGGGGGUACGCGCCACCAACCCACAGAAGGUGGGCUAAAUCUGACAGCCAAUGAGAAACGAGGAGGAAAAGAGGAAAAAAAAAGAAUGGGGGCUUGGGGGAGGAGUAUAAAAAAAAAGUGAGAGUGAGAAUGGAAAAAGGAGAGGAGAUCAAGAAUGUCGGAAGGAAUCGUCCGCGCCGUUUUCUUCUGCGUGUUUUCAGUAUUCUCUAUUAAAAAAAAGUUUUUGACGCGAAGCAAAAAUGUGCUGAGAAGACGAGGAGGGAGAGGAGCGAGUUAUCACGCUGAAAAACCAAGAAAAAAAAUGUGUAAAAUGUAAAUAAGGUUUUAUUACUUAACGUCUUGACCUUUCGGGAUUUUUUAUUGUUUUGUUUUAUUGUUUUUUGUUUUGUUUUGUUUAGUAAAUUAAGCUGUCUGUUUGUUCGUUUGUGUAUUGUGUGGACAAAGCUGAAUGCCAUGUAGACAGGCCGACUGCCUGAGAGGCUACAGGAAGAGGGGGGAGGGAGGGAAGGGCAGGGGCGUGGAGAGGGUGAGGGUUGGCGUUUACAGGGUACAACCCUCCACCCCAACUCACCCAACCCAAAAUCCCUUAUGGAAAGAACCCUUACCCUCCCCUCCCCCUGCAGCCCACACCCAUCACCCUCCUGUAGGGUUUUUGUUUUUCUUCUAGUUUUGAUUUGCCCCCAAACCCCUCUCCCUGCCUCCCCCAAAGCCCCUCUCACUACUUGCCCCCAUGCCCUGCCCCUCCCCCCCUUUUACAGGGGUUUUAUAAUGAGCAAGACUGCAAACUUCAGCCUGGUGUGUGAGAGAGAAGAAACAUCCUUGGACCCCCCUCCCCCCCACAACCCUUUUUUAUUCUCUCCCCCACCUAUGAUCUCACCUCCCUCCUCCUCCCCCAUUUCUGGGAUAUAAAGGACGGGUGAGGUGAAACUGGGGAGGGGUGUGGGGGGAGAGAAUCAGCUGGGUGUUUCUUCAUUCUCACACGCUCCCCCCCUCCCCCACCACGCCCUCCCCUUAUACCCUCUGAUGUAUCCUACAAGCAGUGCAGCGCCGCAGGGGUGUUGCGGCAGGUAGCGCCCCCCCACCCCCACCCCCCACUCCCCUCCCAUAGGCUCUAGUGUUUGAGAUAGAAUGCCGAGGCGCACGCUGAUGACCUCACGUAGUGCGAAACCUAGAAACGACGAGAGUGAUACUGUGCAAGCUGCGGCAAACACACAGGAUCUAUGGCAGUUUUUGCAGUCUGCUGUGAUCAUUCUAUUAAUGAUAUUGUCAUGAUUAUUACAAUAGGAAUCAUUACCAUCGUCAUUAUUUAUUAAUGAGUUCACCCAUAUAAAGCUCAGUUGUUUCUUUUUUUAAAAUCUGUGAAUUCAGGUUGACAUGAAUGUAAAUGAGACUAUUUUUGAUUUGAAUCUUUUGUUUUAAUUUAAAUGGAUUGAAGAUGAAUAGUAAUGUCACAUAGUGUAAUAUAUGUCUUAUUUAAGUCCAGUAAGAAAGCCGCCCCAGGCAUAAAGAUCAUUACAGUGAAGGAUCACUUUAUAUAUCCAGUCAAAGAGCAGAACAGGGAACAUGCACACUCACACACACAUGCACUCAUGUACACACUGAAACAAAACACUAUGAUGCCAUAUUUGGUGCUAGAAAAGGGAAUUCACCAUAUCUAUGAUGCAGACUGCAGUGAGACCUCUAGAUUAGCAAGAAAAUAUCUGUAAACCACUCACACCACAGGCUGCAGUGCAGCGUUUUAGCAGCUAUAUUAACCUUAAACGCCUGGUUAUCAUGCUUGGCUAUCCUAGCUCAUGCUCCAAAAUAUCCCAGCUGUGUUAUAUCUGUAGUAAAAUGCCAGUUACAAUUUGCCUACAAUAUAAAAUUGUAACAGAAAUGAAUAAUUGAGUUGAUCUGAGUCUAAAUCUCAGAUGAACUGCUGCUGCUCAGCCUGUGGUCUUCCAAACCCUUUAGAUGAACCCGAACCACAGACUAGAUCAAGCAAAAGCACUUAAGACUCACAACGUACUACUGAGAAAUGCAAACAUGGAGUAAGAGGAAACACUGAAACAUGACAAGGGAACGUCGUUUGUCUGGGGUCCACUGCUGAAUCUGCGAGCCUCGAUUGCAGAUGUGCUAUUGUAAGGUGGCGUGGAAAUCAGUAAAAGAGAUAAAUAGCCUCACUGAUCUUUGCCCUUAUCAAGCAACCGUGCAACUGCCGAUGAGGUAAAGGGCAGAGAGAAAAUUCCAACUUACGUCCAGGGAGUUGAGCUUGUUUCUGCCUCUGGCAAACUGCAGGUCUCCCAUGGCAACAGGUUUUCUGCCCACUGUAGACCCAGGAGGCUGCUGAAGAUGCUGUUGUUUCUUUUGUUGUUAAUUUUUUUGUUUGUGUUGUGUUAUUUUUUUACAAUCGGAGUACACUGAAUUUUUGUCUUAAUGCACUGUGAAGCGAGGGAGCGGUUCUCUCGGCCUAUGAGGUCAGGGAUGUGUGCUGUAGAUGGCAUCGUGACUGGAUGGUUUUUGUAUGGCAGGGAAAAAAAAAAAACACAUAUAUGAAAUAUAUGUAGAAUGCAUAUGAAGAACUUCACCAGAAAUGCACGUCAUAUCUGAAUACUGAAGGAGGAGAAAGAGACUAGGUCGAUGAAGAGGAUCAAUCAAUUGAGGUCAAGAGUUGAGAUCAACUAGAUUCUACUUACCUUUUGUCUUGGAAAAGUGUUUUGUAAUUAGAGGGCGGGACGCUGGGGGAGUGUUAGGUGUCCAGUAGCAGAUUAAAGAGACUGGAACAAAUUCUAAAUUCACUUUUCUAUCGCAGCUGUGUCUUUUUCAUAAUCAGUUGAAAUUGAUAAUGUAUUGCACAUCCAAUGGGCAAAUCCCUGGAGAGAUAUUUAAGUUCAACAGGAAUUAAAGUGUGACGGAAUGUAAAAUGUCAAAACAAUAAGGAGGGGGGUGCAUUUGAUUUAUUGACCUAAACAGCCUGGUGAGGGGAGGGAACUCCUCUAAGAUAAAAAAAAACAACAACAACAACAACAUACUUUUUGAUUCUUUUGAAACCAAUCCGACUCAAAAUCCUCCACUGUGCUAUCGAAUGUGUCUCUCUGUUGGAGCGCCAGUGAGGGUUUAUCUCCACAGCUUGGUAAGGAGGCUUCUUUACUCCCAUCUAACACCAUCCACACCCUCCUCACCCUCCCUCACACCCGUCCUCAGUCCUCCAGUGCACUCCCAUCCUGACACCCCCUCUCCUCCUACCACAUCGCUCCAUGGGUGACUAUGUCUGGUGUAACGAUCAAUGCAUGUCUGCUGCUUGCCCUGACAAAUGCCACAGAUUGAGUCUCUCUUCUCUUUGCCUCCUCGGGCAGCUGAGGCUCGGAGAUGUCCUGAUGCACCACCAUCAGAGAACGACCACACCUGCAGAGGAAGUCAUAGUUUAGGCUGGCAGGGCACAGUGCACAAACACUCUGUGUAGUUUGGAUCAGUGCAUUUUAUUUCAUGACACUAAAGAGGAACAUUGUUAAUUUGGAAUACCUUGUUGCACAAACAUGAAACACACACAUAUCAUGAGGGAAUAUUUUGUCAUUGAUGGGGUUUGACUGGAUUUUUGUUUGACAUUUUGUGGCAAAAACCUCAUAAAGACCAUACGAAGGUAGUGUGCUUUUGUUCCACUGUAGACCUGUGCUGUGUUGUAUGCAUUUAGUGAGUGAUUUCCUAUUUAUCUAGUGCAUGUUAUGUCAGGUUUGGGCAAGUAGACUACUGCUUGAUUUAUCAUUUAUCAAGCAAAAAUGGCAAAGAAUUUAUAAUAAUAAAAUGAAUAUGUUUGGGUUUUCGGACCAUUGCUCAGACAAAACAAGCAAUUUGUAGACUGUUCUGGGAAUUUAUUUCAUGGAUUAAACAAGUAUUUCAGUAACUAAAAAUUAGGAAUAAUGAAUUGAAAAAUAUGAAAAUAACUGCAGCCUUGGUUGUAUCAGUUUUCCUUCAUUAAGUCAAACCUGCUUUGUAUUCUGUGGAGAGCCAGAAGGUUCAGAUUCCCUAACACAACUAGGUUUAGUCUGUUGUCCAUAAAUUGCCUCAAUUGCCAAUUCAAGGUUCAUUGCUAACCUACCGUGGAUGCAGCACAGUACAUUUACAGUGGAAAAACUGCACUGCAGUUCCUGAUAUAGGUGCCAGUUGAUGUGUUUGAUACAGGACAGAUUUAUUUUCCAUCUCAGUAAUUAAAACAUAGAAGGAUCUUUUUGGUUUGUCUUUUACACAGCGGCCAAUCUCUUUAGUUAUAUUAAUGUUAGGUGAUGGAGAUAAAAUGUGAUGAUAACUGGAAGCAAUACAGGUAGUGGCAUGUUGUCUUGUCCUGUCCUUUAUCCUCUGUCUGCCGUAGGAGCUUUUGGAUUUACCUGUAGAUACUGAAUAGGUUUACACGAGUAAAAUUUUUUAAUUUGUGGAAUAUGCUGCUAUUUAAUAAUAACUGAUGUACUAAAAAUACAAGGUUAAAACAUAUCGAAAUCUGUCCUUUAGCUGGAGAGGCUAGUCUCAAGUGGCAGUGUAAUACACGCUCUGUUAUAAGCUGAUGAUAAGUUAAUAAUAGUGUAAUUCUAACCUGAACAAGUUAAACCUGUGCCAAAAUAGGUCUUUACAGAGUGAAACUGUAAAUGUGUUGAUUUAAAUCACAUUAGAUAAGAGGAGACAUACUUUUAUAUUAAGAAAAUGUGAAAAGUGCCAAAUGAACCAUAUUUAUAAUUACCAUAGGAAGGGAGUAGUCCCAGUGACAGUUUUUAAGAACUAAGUAGACUAACAGACAAAGCGCCUCAGUAUAGCAGUUUUAAUCCCUCUCUGUUCCUGCCACAAGAGGAGGGAACCACCAUGUUAGCCAAGUGUUAGCCAGUCCUCUGGGAACUACACUUCUCAGAAUGCAACAGCACUACGACUCUGGGGCUAGAUGAAUCAUUAUAGCGAUAGGUUAGCAUAAUCAUGCUAAAAAAAUGUGACUAGAUAGCAUUCUUAAAUACAGCCUUUUAUAGUUACAAUGAAAAUGUAUUUUGUGGAAAUAGAUGUUAUCUUUUUUGCACGUCUAUAUUGCAUGAUAUCAAAGUGAAGCGUGGACAAAAAAAAGGGAAAAAAAAUCAAAGAAACAUAAAAAUAAGUGACAAAAAAAUUAGGCAGUGUGUGUCGUUCAUUUUUCGGAGACAAAUCUUUGCAUGCCGAUAAAGGUAGAGCAUUUUGAUAUUGUUUUACACGCGUUCAAAUGUUUGUCGUUUUUUCGAUGCGAUCAUGUCGAGUCCUGGUCCAUGGGCCACCUAUGAACAAAAUGUUUUCAAUGUUACAACACAAUGAAUAUUUUGUUGUUGUCUAACCUUCCUCAGAGGGAAACAGACAAAACUCUCGAACAAACCUAAGACUAUUUUGCUCCUUGCUGAGCAAGCUUGUACUAAAACAUUUCUCAGUUGCUACCUAACUUUAGACAGAAAAGAAAAAAAAAUCAGGAUUUGAUUUCAAGUAAAGACUGAGAUUGUCCACGAAUGUACUCACCUCUGCAUAAGUUUGCAUAUCACUCCUCUGGCCAUUGACGUGCAGUAGAGGCUUAUGUGUGUUUCCGUGUGUUUUUGUACUCUAACAUUACUAACCCUCAACGUGCUGUGUAGAGCUCUCAGUAUAAUUCUGUUGUUUGUCCUUUUACCCCCCCCACCCCACCCUCUGAGCUCUGGCUUGUCUUGUCAAUGAUAUGCACCUUACUGACCUCAAAUAUGACAUGGAGCAUCUCCCAGUGUGUUUAAACGGGUCGGGAGUGAUUCAUAAAGAGAGACAGUGUGUGAGAAAGAGGUGAAAACUCCCUCCUCCCUCACCUACCCCCCCCCCAAAAACAACCCCAUAUACACACACACACACUCACACACAAGUCUGUCUCCUGCACUCUCAGUCUCCCUCGGGUGCCUCGAAUUUGGGACAGAUUGUGUUUUCACUCCCUUAAUAUGCAAUCCAAGGCUCUGAUCUCGGGGAGAGAAACAACACUGAACAUUGCCAGUGUGUUUUCAAAGAGGUAAUCUUUUGAAUCCUGAUCCCGCCCUCUCUCUCUGUUUUUUCCAGUUCAGUUCAAUUAGAUACUUUAUUGGCUUCAGGGUCAAAAAGAAAAAGAAAAAACAUGGCCAAAGUCCACCCACCUCUCUCCCCCUCUGUCAUUCCUUAUUAUGCAACCAGAAACCAGAUGAUUUUGAAUGCGGUCAUGUUUUGUAUCCUGACAGAUGUUGUCAUGGGAAAUGGCCUGCUUCCUACAAAACUCCCCAAAAAGAAAAAAAAAAAAAAAAGAAUUUACAUUAUUGCUCUUACAGACAUGUUUGCACUAAACCCUCUGCUGUUACUGUGCAUGGCAGGCCGAGCUGAGGUGGGGGUCAGUGUGCAAGACUACUGUAGAUGUGUAGCCUUAUCGUAGGUGUUUAUUCAGCAGUGUAUUUCGAUGUGCAUGCUCCUCUCUCUCCCUCUCUCUGAGUUUGUCUGCUUUAGGCCAGCUCCGUGCUCGUGGUGUCUGUGUUGCAACGUAGCCGGCUAGUCAUGUUUUUUCCUUUCUUUCUUUCUUUUUUUUUUUUAUUAUGAUGCGUAGAGGAAUGCAAACUUUUAACUCUCACCUGCCUCGCCAGGUGACCUCAUUGCUUCUCAGUGGGUGUGUGGCUCUUUGACAUAGUCCUCAGAUCUUGUUUUCUGCCUCUCCCCUCCACCGCCCCUCACCCACCUCCACAAACUCAAACCCGCUCUCACCCACACCCACCACUGACCCUCCCACCUCUUCAAAACACCCUCUAAGACAUAUUAUGGGACCCCACUCUACCCCUUUUUUCACCCCACCCUCACCCCUUCUCCCCCAACUCGGGCCCCAUCGAAGCACCAGCAACUGUAGACUGCAUUUGUCAUAUCACUGUUUUUCUGUUCCUUCUUCUCGUUCUCUGUUGUUUUUUUUUCCUGGUUUUGAUUUGUACUGUAUGCUCUGUCUAACCUAGACCAGUUUUAACAAAAUGCCAUUUCUGUGUGUAGCCUGUUUACCCCCCCACCCCCUCCACACACACACACACACACACACACACACACACAGACACACACACAUAAACACUCCUCCAUGCCCUCUUUUUUGCACUUUCACUGCCCACUUCUCCUCCUGGCCCAAACAUACACACACUUUCCUCCUCCGCCUCCCACGAGUCUCUUCUCUUGAGUGCCAAAAUAGAACAGAGAGGAAAAAAAAACAAAACAAAAAAAAAAAAGACAACAACAACAACAACUACCAUUCCAAGCGUUUCUUUGAGUUGUUCUUGUGUGUCGGACAUCCAUCCUGGAAGCACCCAUGAAGCCAGCAUGCUCCGCCCUCAUAACAUGAUGUCGCUCAUGACGCCUCAACUGAACAGCACCUUGCCCCCCACCACCACCACCUCCUCCUCCUCCUCCUCACCACCCCCCACAGAGCUAAACCCGACAAGGAUUAACCCCUCUGCAGGUUGGCUACCUACCUACUGUCCUGCCUCUCAACCUACCUAAAAAAAAGCCCUACCGCUCAUGCCAGCUGCUUUCCUAAUUCUGUCAUCUCUUCAGCCUGUGGGACUUCAUUGAUUGUGUGCCAUAGUGUUGGGGGCACCUUUCACUCUCCUCACCUCCCCCUCUUUUUACCCCCUCCCUCCCUCACCUUUUCUCUCUCUCUCUCUCUCUCUCUAUCCCCCCUCCCCCCUUCCCUCUCUCGCUCUCGCUCCAUUUGAUUUUUCUCGAUGGGAAAGAUUCAAAAACUCCAUUUUCUAAUGAUGAUUUUUUUUGUUGUCGUUUAACAUCCAAACCACGCACGCCAACACACGCACCGCCCCCGUGCGGUGGUGUGGGGAGUGUUUACGCACCGUCAGCUGCGCAGCCAUCCUCUGUCUUCUUGAACUUUUUGAACUUUCACCCCCUCAUGAACUUUAUUGACCUUCUUCCUCCUCCUACCCCCCUUCUGUGUUCAUCCAACUGUUUGGACGAUAACUCUCCAUUCCAUCCCCAAAACCUCUCUGAGACUGUGCAAUGCUAGCUGAUAUGAUUGGAUUUUUUUGUUUGUUUGUUUGUUGCUCAUCAUUGGGGACAAUUCUCUGAGAUAUAAGUAAAAAAAAGAACAAAAAAACAUAUGAAAGGAAGAAAAAAAACAUCCAAAAAAAGAAAUGCAGACAAACAAAAAAAAAAGAAAAAACACUAAACAACUGUUUCUCCACAAUUUCAUUUUUUUUCUCUCUCAUUGUAAAUAUUUUUGUCAGAUUUUUUGCUGAGCUGUAAAGAGAGAAGUGUUGAGCAGAAAGGGGCCGGCAGCAUAAAAAGGAACUAGUGGAAGCGGUAGACGAUCAUUACACUUUCCAUCCUCUGUAUCCGAUAGUUAGGUCUGCCUGUAUAAUCGGCUAUGCUAGUUCUACUGUGUUAACCUGUGCUGUUGUUAUUAGUGUUGAUUUACCUACUGUAUUCGCUGUUUAGCUUCCAUGUUGGCUAGCAAGCUCUUUAGAUAACUGUGCUCAUCGAAUAAUAAUACUAACCUUGAGAAGUAGUCCGAGCCAUUCUCAACGUAGGCUUGUUUUUGUACAUUCGUUGAUGUUUUUCUAACAGUGAGUUGUAGUGGCGCUAGUAUCUUUUAUCAUCAAGCCAUAGUUAUUGAAAAUGCUUUGUCGUGUUAGAGACAUAUCAUUGUGGAAAACGGCUCGACUCGGCUCCUCCAGGUUGGAGAAAAACCCAGGGAGGUGGAGAGAAGAAAAUAAAUUUAAAAAAGAAAGGAAAAAAAAAGAAAUUAAGCUCCUCCUGGGCUACAAAACGAGGAAGCUGAGCUGCUAACUUUUGUGCAAUACAGUCCUAGUUUACAUAACAUAGAAUGAUAGUUUAGAGAUGAUUAACCUCUGCAGGUGCCACUCAACCAUCGUGCUGCCUGCAGAACCAAACGUGUGCAUAUCUCCAUAUAUCGCCUCUACAUCAGAGACAUUUUGAAAGUAUUAAAGUGACUGCGUGAGAUUAGACUCCACCAUUUCAUCGCAUUGCUCUGAGCUCCACUCUUGAUUUAUGCUGCCUGCCCCAUUGCCCUAAGAACACCACAUGAGCUAUUUAUUUCUCAGACUAUUAUUAUUAUUAUACUAUUAAUAAAUAACAACGCAACAAGAAAAAGGGAACGACUGGAAAAAGGUGAAUUAAUAUUAUUAUUGUUUUGUUUUUAUUUUAGUAUUUUAGUGGUUGCUUUUAACAACAUUCAUUAACUGACUUAAAGAGUAUUGAAUAUUUAAUGUAAUUGUAGCAUUGUGUUUGUAAAGAGAAAAAAAAAACCUAGUGAGUUGUGUUUCUUGACUUGUGGAUUACCAGUGAAGUGGGCAAUCUAGUGCUAAUAUAUAUGAGGUCUUUUUUUAAGGAUUCUUAUUUUGCGACAGCAACAGCAGUCAUUAUAAAUGUUCAUUUUAGCAUCACCUGUCUUCCGUUGUCUUAUUCUUCACCUUCCACCACACUCUGCAUCAUCACAGUAACACAUCGCAAGUCUGGGGGUGGGCAAAAGUGUGUGUGAGUCAAGGUGUGUGUACUGAAUAUAGGUCUGUGUGAAAUAUUGGGACAAAUGUGUGUUUGUCAUGAAUAUCUGUGUGAGUGUAAGUUAACAAACCUAUGUGUUUCUUUGUGUGUGUCUAUGCAAAAUAUGUUAAGUGUGUGUGUGUGUGUGUGUGUGUGUGUGUGUGUGUGUGUGUGUGUGCGCGUGUGCGUCUGUCCACUCAGUUGUGUAUGAAUGCGUGUCUGUUUACGUGUGCUUGUGUGACUAAGUUUGAAUGUGUGUGCAUGUGUGCUCGCUGGCUCUGUGAGGGUGGGGUUCGGGGUGGGUGUUCUGUCCAGUGUCCACCAAAAGCUAAAACCUGUCAGGCUUCCAUACUUCCCGAUGGAACCUCCUGACGUUAUAGCUGCAAACCCUCAUCAUGUGAUCUGACUCAACUCGACUGUCCAUAACCCCUUCCAGUCACCUGACCAACCAAAUCAACCAAUCACUGUCCACCACUACCGCCUUCCCCUGCGCCAUCCUUUGCUGCACACCACGUCAGCCCCAUGUGAUGUUCUCCAUUGAUAACAUACUACUGUCACAAUCUAUUGUUACAUGCUAGCAGAUCUGGGGAUCAAUACUCAUCUAGAAUGGAUGUUCAAGGUGUGCUUGGUUUUGUUUUAUUACUAUGUGGUGUUUUUCACCUUUAAGAUUAUAAGUGUUUACAAAUGAAACAAAGCACUCCUUGCUUUGGAAAAAAAAACAACAACAAAAAAACAACAAGUAUACUUCAAGUUGUUUGAUUUUAAAGGGUUGGUUCACCCUAAAAUAACAAUGUUUGUAUGUUCAGGUUUUGACAUAUCUGCCUUAAUCCUAAAACAGAGGUGAAUGGAAUUUAUUUUUGGGUUCUCACUGUGUUGAAAAUCUACAUUUUAGAAAAAUCUGGUUUUCUCUGUGCUAAACAGUGUUCCUGUUGCUCUGGGUAAACCACACACACCACUGAGAACAUUUUUUAUUGGGACUAUUUUGCCUAUGAAAAAAUUGUUCCAAUGAAAAUUUUAAAAUACUUUGUACACCAAAAUCAAAAUCCCAUUUUUGGGGGAAUGGUGAUAGAAAUCAAACAAAUGCCAUCUGCAUAGCUAUGAGUUAAGUAAUAAAAUAUUUUGCUACUUGGAUGAACUGGCCCUUUAAUCUGCACGAGGUGCACUUGUUCUAUUUAUUCUCUUCAGCAUCAUUUGAAAGCAUUUUAAAUUCAAGUAUUUUUCCCCAGAGUUGCAUAUUACAUUCUACUGUUCAUACUACUGUACGUGCUGCAUACUACCUUACCAGGUCAGAAUCCACCUUAACCUGUCUCCAUGCCAACCACUGAGGAGCCAGUUGCACGGCAACCGGCUUCCGCCACAACAAACCAACCUACCAACCAACCAUCUUCCUCAAUCGCCGAGGCCACGCCCACCUGACUAUGAUCGUUCCAUAGAAGAAGAGAUAGAGGAAGAGUGAGGAUAGGAAGAAGGGAUGACAGAUGAAAGAGAUGUAGUUGUGAUUCUCAGGGUGUCUUAUAUAGAUCUAGUGUUCAGUCUGUUCUCCAGUCUCUCACUGGUGUCCUGUUGCCCCUAACUGAGCCCAAAGACGAUCAUGUCCUUCCAUGAUAAAUUCCUUGUACAAUUGAUUGACCACUGACCAAUUCCUCUCGAUCAGUUGAUUGAUAGUAUUGAUUGACCAGUUCUCUUGAGAGACGCUACAUAGCCAGCCAGGUGAAUGAAGCUAGGCACUGUAACUAAUGUUUACAACCCAAAUGAGACCAACAACGCUGUUGAAAGAAUGUCUAGGACUUAAAAAAAAAAAAAAAAAAGAGAGAGAGAGACAAAUCUCUGAAGAGUACUUAUUUCUAAAUGAUGGAACUUUUCACUUACUUUCUAUGUGACAUGAGGUAAUGUAAUUUUUUUCAAUCAUUGCAUGUGACUAUUUUGAUUUGCAAUGAAACUGUUAGAAUGGAUGGUACAUUUGUGACGUCAGUGCAACAUUGAGACGCCGAUGCUAGAAAUCAAUGUCGGUGUCUUACUACAGUGUUUUCAUGUCGCCGUGAGGAGUGCUUAUGGACCAAUGAAUGCUAAAUGUGUGACCAUACAAAGCUGUAAAGGUUUUGUUUAUUUGUACAUGGUUAUGGGUAAAAUAAACCAUUGAAGCAAAUUAA